AUGAGUAGCGAUUGGAAUAAUAUUUUAAAAAGAAAUAAAGAAUAUAUCAAAGCUAAGAAUAAAAUAAAGACCCAAGUUGAAAAUAACAGAUUACAUCAACUCGGAUUAACGGAAAAUCUACAAACUCUAUUUCAACCCAUAUUAAAAUCUCAAGAGGAUAUUAAAAGGAAAUUAGCUUUAGAAUAUAAACCUCCUAUAGAACCUCAUCACCCCAAAGCGAUUGAAUAUGAUGGUAUUAUAAUUAGGACAUUAGAUGAUAUAAAUCGUCUUUUUUCAAACCCUAACCCAGAUUUACCAAAGAGCAUUUCACCAAUCGUUGAUAAUCAAGGUUUAUUGUUUAAUGGAUUUAAUGGAUUUAGAAUAAUAUUUAGUCCAAAUUCCCCUUUAUUCAAAAUCAAUACAAAAGACUUUAUAUUAACAUUAACGAGAGGAUUAAUAGAUUUAAUGAAUGGGGAGGAUGUUGUUAAACUAUAUAACAGAGUAAUUGAUCAAGAUGAUGAAUACGAAGUUGACGAAGCAGAUGAUUAUGCUGAAGACAACAAUUCAAUCACACAAGAUAUAGACGAUUUCGAAGAUAUGGUGGCAUCUGGAGAAGGUUUAACGUUUUUAUCCGACAACAACGAGAAACUACUUAAUAGAUUACGAGUAAUAUUAGCGGCAAUGAAGGAAGGACAUCGAUCGCACAGACAAUAUAAUGAAGUAAAUUGUAUAUUAAAAAGACUCAUAGAAAAAGAUUAUGAGUACGAACUCGAUCGCAAUCAAGAAUAUGAAUUGGGAUUAAAAUAUUUCUCUGUUUACAAUUCCAUUAGAAAUAUCAACGAAAAAAAUAAUCAAAUAAAAAUAUCAACAGAUAAUGGAGUUACUUUCAAAACCAUAAGUUUACUACCAGGAAGCUACGAAUACAUAGCCAUUAACGAAUACCUAUCUGAAUAUGGAGGAAGUGUCAAUGGUAAAAACAAUAUUGAAUUCGAAGGUAAUUUGAAUCUGAACAAAAUAAAAUUGAUAUUAAGUAAUAAUAGUCAAGUUGAUUUCAACGUAGAAAAUUCAUUGAAUACGUUACUAGGAUUUGAUAAACGAGUAUACACCCAAUCCACUUUAGCACCACACAAAGCUAAUGUCGAGAAUGAUAUUGAUGUGAUAAAUAUACAUUGCAAUUUGAUAAACGGUGGAUUUUUCAAUAAAUACAAACGUCAGAUUAUUUACAGUCUUCCAACAUUCACCGUGCCGAUAGGAUAUAGAAUUAUAGAGAAACCAUUUCAAACGACGUAUUUACCACUUAAUUCCUUUAUGAUUAAAGAUAUAAAUCUGGAAAUCAAAGAUGGUAAAAAUAGGUUUAUAAUUUUUGGUAACGAGGAAAUUGUUAUUCAACUUCAUUUAAAACAAAAAAAUUAA